CGAGACACCAACAUUGUUCUUACAAACACGCUAAGCCAUGGAAUCACUCAGCGCCGAGAGAGAGACCAAACGUCCGUUGGCCGAUUUUCCGGCCAAUAUCUGGGAUGAUCUACUCACCUCUUUCUCUGUUUCUGAUUCGGGAAGUGAUGCGUACAAAGAGAAACAUAGCGUGCUGAAGGGGCAAGUGAAGGAAAUGCUUAUGGCCUCCAAAGCUAAUCCCAUCGAGAACCUCAAGUUCAUUGAUGCGUUAUGCCGUCUUGGAGUGUCCUACCAUUUUGAAAAAGAUAUAGAAGAUCACCUCAAUAUGGUUUUCAGUAUUCGUGACCUAAACGAUAUGAUAGAUGAUGAAAAAUAUGAUCUAUCUACCGUUGGAAUUGUUUUCCAAAUUCUCAGGCAAUUUGGCUACAAACUCUCUGUCGAUGUGUUUGAAAGGUUUAAAUAUGAAAAUGGAAAGUUCAAGGAAUACCUCGGUGAUGCAAAGGGUAUGCUAAGUUUGUACGAAGCUGCACAUUGGAACACCCGUGACGAAGAUAUUCUAGAUGAAGCUCUCGUUUUCUCGAAAUCUCGUUUGCAAGUGUUGGCUUCUAAAUCCAGCCCCCAUAUCCGAGAACGCAUCAAGAACACUCUAAAACAUCCAUACCCCAGGGGAAUUACGAGGAUAGAGACGAGACAAUAUAUAUCGUAUUACCAAGAAGAAGUACCGCACGAUGAAACGUUGCUCAAAUUUGCUAAGUUGGAUUUUAACAUACUACAACUGCUACACCGUGAAGAACUCGCCUAUGCGACUAGGUGGUACAAAGAUUUGAAGAUCGGUUCUAAAGCAGCAUACGCUAGAAAUCGGAUAGUUGAGUGCUACUUGUGGGCGCUUGGAACAUAUUUCGAGCCGCAAUAUUCGCGGGCGCGAAUUCUACUGACAAUUACUAUACAAUUACUAACAAUUCUCGAUGACACAUACGAUGCUUAUGGCACGAUAGAGGAACUUGACCUUUUCACAGAUGCAUUGAACAGGUGGCUUCCUACAGCCCCCGAAGGGUUACCGGAUAACAUGAAGUGUUUCUAUAGUAUUCUGGUAGACUUUUAUGACAAACUCGAGGAGGAGAUCGAGAAAGACGGAAGACCGGGAUGCGGAUUCCAUUUGAAAAAAUCUAUAAAAUCAUUGGGGAGUAGCUACUAUCAAGAGGCGAAAUGGUCAAAUGAAGAUUACAUAGCCAUGUUUGAUGAAUAUAAAGAGAACGGAGUUUUUUCCAACGGCUACUAUACAGCGGUGGCUGCAGCAUUUGCAGGAAUGACUGAUGUUUGCAAAUUGGAUGCGUACGAGUGGAUAAGCUCACAGCCGAAAGUCCUCAUAGCUUCUGAAAUAAUUACUCGAUUCAUGGACGACAUUACAAGCUACGAGUUUGAACAUAAACGGAAGCAUGUCGGAACAGCGAUUGAUUGUUAUAUGAAACAGUAUGGUGUUUCCGUGGAAAAGGCCACAAAAGAGAUUGAAAGGAUCAUCACAGAGACAUGGAAAGAUCUGAACCAAGAACUGAUGAGGCCUUACUCUACGCCUCGUCCUAUCCUAAUGCGGAUUCUUAACCUCACACGUGUUACUGAGGUAUUCUACAAGUACCAAGACUCCUUCACCAAUCCAGAAUUCUUGAAAGAUUAUGUGGUCUCUUUAUUCGCCGAAAGCAUUCCCGUGUAAGGGCGUGACUGCAGCGUGAUCUCUGGGAUAUUCACACACAACUAAAAAACAUUCCACCUAUCUAUCAUAUAACCAAUAAUUUUCCUCUUUUAAUUGCAAUAUAUAAAACAUGAUGUUGGAGUGAUCGCAUUCCAACAUGUUCACUCAAGUUGUAUGUAUUUCUAAAUAAA